AUGCAGGCCCGACAGGAGAAUGCACUUCGGCGCAUGGAACAGGAUUAUGACAGUCGCAUGGAGGAACAGGUAGAAGAUCUUCGCGAUAAGAUGAGGCUGCUGCAGGUGGACAGAAAGAGCAACAUCGAUCUACUCGAGUCCAGCAAACAAACCAACAAGGAUUACAUUCGCCAACUGAAGAACGAGAAUCGAGAUCUCCGCAAAGCUCUCGCCGACAUGAAGCGAACUUCUUCGGCAGGUGCUGCUGGCUCACAAGGCCUAGGCCUGUCAGCGUUGGUUGGAGUAACCGAUGAUACAGAUGAAAUCGCGUCAGCCAUGCAGCAGAUGAACAAGGUUCGCAAACAGCACGACGACCUAAGGCAUCGCGUGCAUUCGCAAACAGCGUUGCUGGAGGAGCUGAAGGACGAAGUAAAAGAUCUCGAGCUGGAGUCUAAGAAGCCGAGUCUAGAAGAUACACCCGAGACCCGCAAGAUCCGAAUGCUGGAGAAUCGACUUGAUAAGGCCAUGAUCAAAUUCAACGAGGCGCAGAGCAUUCGGAAAACGUACGAGCAGAUCGUCAAGCGCCUCAAGGAUGAACGUAUCGGGUUUGACAAUCAGUUGGCCGCUAUUGAGCGCGCUCUAGCGGCCAAGCAACACGACUACGAUGAGCUUGUGUUGCUCUCGGCAGAUGCUGCUCAUGCGCGUGAAACGAUCCUGUUGGAGCUGGAGAAGGCACGAAGUCAACAUGAAGAUGAGAAGCGACAUCGCGAGAAGGAACUCCGAGAGAAACAGCAGUACGUGAAGAUCCGUCUUGAAAUGACGAACAGAGUGGACAAGCGAGAGAAGCACAAAAGCUCAGUGAUAGCACGAGACACCGGAGACUUAAGCUGCGAAGGUGAGAACCAUCUCAAGGCUUCGUUGAUGUCUACCAUGAUACAGCAGGGAGUUGUGGGUGAAGAGAAGAAAGAACAUCGCAGUAAGAUAGACAUUUUCGAAAGCGCCUUCCGCAAGAUCAAGGAAGCCACAGGUGUCAGUGAUGUGAACGAAGUUAUCCAGAAGAUUACAAGUCAGGAAAGCACGACCGAUAACUUGUUGAACUUGUCAAAGGAGAACCAAACCCGAUUAGAGCGACUGCAAGCAGAACAUUCGGUGCUCAAGGCUCGUGUCGAGGAGCUCAAGUACAGUGGAUCAGGCGGUGGCCACCGACGCAAACUCGUGGACGAUCAUGAACAGAAUUUGGUCUUGGCUAGUACGAAAUUGGAGCGAGCUAAGCUGAAGUAUGAGCGGUUGGCCAAGGUGCUCAUUGGUGUUAAAGCUGGAGUCGAACAUCUCGUGGAUAAGAUGGAGAGCGUCCGUGAAGAUGACCAGGUUAUCAUUGUUACGGACGACACUCUUGUGGAGGCGCUUGCAGAGAGUGAGAUCACUUUGACACAUCUAUUGAGUCAGAUCAAGCUUGCAGGAGCUGCAGAGUCAUCGAUGGACUCAUCGGCUGUACAACAGAAGAAGGUUGACAACACUCGUGUACCUGUGGCAGCAUUGAAAACCGCAAUGGCAACUGGCAGUCUCAUCCCCCAAGGACUGGGAUUGGAUGCAGACAUUCUCGUCGCAAGACCAUACAAUCAACGUAUCGCGUUGCCUGGCACCGAUGGUCUUACUGCUGAAGAACUGGAGAUGGACGACAUGGCGAAUGGAGGAAUGUUACUAGACGACACUGAAGAAGCUUUGAGUCGGGAUCGUGUCAAGCGGGCAUCCUCUCAAGUCAUCAUGGCACAGGACAAGAAGAAGAAACGUGUGCUCAAGAAGAAGCUCAAAGAAAGCGGCAACGAGUCAUCGGACGAGGAAGGUAGUGCUGGGCCAAGUAUUAGCGGUAACACUACAAACCAGAUCGAUAGUUCAACCCGAGGGCCACCUACACAACGCUUAAUAUCCUCCAAGAAGAAAUAA